GCCCAGGAUAAAACAAAUAAUUAAAUGUGAAGCUAUUUUAAUUAAGAAGUUCUUCAUUUUAGCAGCACUUAAAGGACAUGCUAUUGGAAGUUUAGUAUAUCUUCCAUCACUAAGGCACUUAAAUGACUUACAGGGAAGAGAUAGAAAUUAUACUAUUAGAGAAUCAUACCAUGCUAAGAUUAAAAGAAUUCAAGAUAAUAUCAAUAUUGGUAUUUUAAAGCAACAUGAUUAUGAUGAUGAUGAUGAUGAUGAUGAAACUCAGCUAGAAAAUAAAUCAUCAGAAAAUGUACAAGUUUCAAAAAUUAAUUCAAAUAUUGACUCUAAUAUUAAUGAUAACUCUUCAAAAAAUUCAAAAAAAAAGAGACAUAUAGAGAUGAAGGAAGAGGAAUCUGAUAAAAUUUCAAAGAAGGCAAAAAAGCUUAAUAAAGAUGAACAUGAAAAAGUUGAAAAGAUAAAAAGAAAAAAAUCUAAUAAAACUGGAGAAAAAGAAAGCCAAGAAAAUAUCAGGGUUAUUCAAGAUAACAUUAAUAUUGGUACUUUGAAGCAGCAUGAUUAUGACAAUGAUAAAUGUCAGUUAGAAAAUAAAUCAUCAGAAAAUGUACAAGUUUCAAAAAUUAAUUCACAUGUUGACUCAAACAUCAAUGACAAGGCUUCAGAAAACUCAAAAAAAAGGAAACAUUUGCAGAUGAAGGAAGAGGAAUGUGAUGAAAUUUCAAAGCAAAAGAAGAAGAAAUGCAAUGAAGAUGAAUGUGAAAAAACUGGAAAGCUAAAAAGAAAAAUAUGUAAUGAAACUGAAGAUGCCAAAGAAAAAGAAAGCAAAGAAAAUAGCUUAUCAGUGAAAGAAGAAGAAGAAACUAUUUCUACAGAAAAAUCAGAUGAAAUUAAAAUAGAAAGAAAGAAAUCAAAAAUUGAAUCAGCUUCUUGCGAUGAAGUGGAAAAGGAAGAAAAACUACAAAGUGAAAAUAAUUGUAAUUUAAAAGUUGGCAAUAGAUAUAAAGCAAUCAUUAAGUCAGUGAAAUUAUUUCAAUUGAAUAUCCUAGUUAAUGGUAAUGUUCCUGGUCGUAUACAUAUAACUGAAAUUGCUGAUAAUGUGCCUGAGGGUAUCAAUCCUCUGCAAAGUUUCAAAUCAAAUCAAGAGUUGGAAGUAACUUUCCUGGGAUUUCGUACUUGCAAAUCACAUAAUUAUCUUCCUAUAAGUCAUGUAAAUUCCAUACUUCGAGCAGAAUGUAGCUUAAGAUCAGUUAGACCAAAGCCAUUUAGCAUUGGGCAAUCAAUAACAGUUUUUAUUAAAGAAAGAGCACAACUUUCAAGAUUGGAAUUACCAGAAGGCUUUGUUUGGGAUGUUGAUACUCAUNUUUGGGUAAGACCUGAAGAAAUUGGAAGAAUUAAUCUUCUUAAUUUAACAAAUGUUAUAAAGGCUUUAAAGAAACCUACCAAUGAAUAUCAGUUAUGUCAAGCACUAAGAGUGAAAGUUUAUAAUAUUACUGAGGAUCAUAUUGAUUUACAAAAAUUAGGAAUUGAUACAUUAAAAGAAGGAAAACCAACAAUUGGCCAUGUUCUCAGUGUUCGUCCAGAUUUGGGUGUGUUUCUACAUUUGCCUUUAGGUUAUCGUGGAACUAUUUCAUUGACAGAUUUUAAAGAUGAAUUUAAACCUUUAAAUAGUUUUAUGGAUUGGUUAAUGAAGCAAUGCUUCAUUAGAUGUCAAAUAUUGCAUGUAGAUCAUGAAACAAAGCAAUGUGUUCUAUCAACAAGACCUUCUAGAUUACAGGGAGUACCUUUAGAAAGUAUCGUUGACAGAGAAGUAGAAAGUAUUUCUGAUUUAUCUGUAGGCGAUUAUUUACGUGGAUAUUUAGUCGCACUUAGUCAUAAAGGAAUAUUUGUAGAAAUUGGAAGAAAAAUAAAAGGAAUUAUCCCAAAAUCAAAUCUCCCUCCAGAUUUCAUUUAUUCAGAAAAUCAUCAUCCAUUGGGAUCUGUGUUAAAAGUGCAAAUUGUAUCAAUUGAAGAUGAAAAUAUUAUAUUAGAUUUGUUAGAAUCUAUUUCAGAUGGAAAAACAGAAUUACCUCAAAUAGUCCAUGAAGAGUCAUAUGAAGAGUUAAAAGAUAGAGCACAACUUUCAAGAUUGGAAUUACCAGAAGGCUUUGUUUGGGAUGUUGAUACUCAUUCUUCUACAGUGAAUAUUGACAAAGAGAGUGACAGUGAUGUAGAAGAAAAAGUUGUAAUUAAAAAAGAAAAGCAAAGAACAGAGAGAGAGGAAGAAGACUAUUUAUAUAUGAGAGAACGACAGCUGAUGAAUAAUGAAAGAGAACCAACAACAGUUGAUGAUUUUGAUCGCUUAGUUUUAGCUUCACCUGACAAUUCAAUGAUUUGGCUUAAAUAUAUGGCUUUUCAUCUGCAGCAAGCUGAGAUAGAAAAGGCUAAAGCUGUUGGAUUAAGAGCAUUGAAGACUAUAUCUUUCAGGGAAGAACAAGAGAAGUUAAAUGUCUGGGUAGCUCUUCUUAAUUUAGAAAUAUUAUAUGGUACAGUAGAAUCCUUAAAAGAAACUUUUGAUAAGGCUUUACAGUAUAAUGAACCAAUAAAAAUUUAUAAUCACAUGGUCAACCUAUAUGUUAAAUCAGAUAAAUAUAAUAGAGCACAACUUUCAAGAUUGGAAUUACCAGAAGGCUUUGUUUGGGAUGUUGAUACUCAUUCUUCUACAGUGAAUAUUGACAAAGAGAGUGACAGUGAUGUAGAAGAAAAAGUUGUAAUUAAAAAAGAAAAGCAAAGAACAGAGAGAGAGGAAGAAGACUAUUUAUAUAUGAGAGAACGACAGCUGAUGAAUAAUGAAAGAGAACCAACAACAGUUGAUGAUUUUGAUCGCUUAGUUUUAGCUUCACCUGACAAUUCAAUGAUUUGGCUUAAAUAUAUGGCUUUUCAUCUGCAGCAAGCUGAGAUAGAAAAGGCUAAAGCUGUUGGAUUAAGAGCAUUGAAGACUAUAUCUUUCAGGGAAGAACAAGAGAAGUUAAAUGUCUGGGUAGCUCUUCUUAAUUUAGAAAUAUUAUAUGGUACAGUAGAAUCCUUAAAAGAAACUUUUGAUAAGGCUUUACAGUAUAAUGAACCAAUAAAAAUUUAUAAUCACAUGGUCAACCUAUAUGUUAAAUCAGAUAAAUAUAAUGAAGCAGAAGAUUUAUAUAAAACAAUGGUGAGGAAAUUUAAACAUGACAAAGAUGUUCAUAUCAAUUUUGGAUUAUUUUUUAUGAAGCAGAAUAAGAUAGAUGCAGCAAGGAAUGUAUUACAAAGAAGUCUGACAGUUUUAGAAAAUAAAGAGCAUGUUGAUGUUAUUGCAAAAUUUGCACAGAUGGAAUUUAAAUAUGGUGAAGCAGAACGUGGGAAGACAAUGUUUGAAAGCAUUCUUACAAAUUAUCGAAAAAGGACAGAUUUAUGGUCUCUAUAUAUUGAUCUUAUGAAGAAGCAUAGCACAGUGGAUGCAGUAAGGAAUUUAUUUGAACGUGUAAUCACACUGAAAUUAUCAGCUAGGAAAAUGAAGUUUUUCUUCAAUCGUUAUUUAGACUUUGAAAAACAAUUUGGUAAUGAAUUGACUAUAGAUGCAGUAAAACAGAAAGCUAUUCAAUAUGUAAAAUCAAGUAAUAUGAGUGUAUAAAUAACAAGAACUUUUGUAAAUUAUUUUUUAAAUAAG